UUUGUUCCCGAGUGAAGGAUGUGAAAGGGAUAAGAAUAAGAUGAGUGAACUUCUCAUUGAUAACUUGUUUAGGUCAGUAAGAGACUGAGAGGAUGAUGAAGGCGGGCUAGAACAGAAACUUUGAGAGGGGUGGAGCCUGUGAGUAGUUUUGAAGAGAAUUGUUUGAUCCUUCAAGUAGGCUGGAACUUCACUAUAGGAAAAUAAAAUCAAAGCAAUUUUUGCUUUCAAAAAACUUUAAGAGGUCAAAAAAGAACAGAGAACAUGACCCAAAUAUGGCUGUAAACAGUGGAGAUACAGAUACCGAUAUAGUUGAUGUCGAACGCUUGGCAUCUUCAAUAGAACAUAUGAUGUCCCAAGAUUUGUUCAUGUCAUCAAAGCGUUGCAUCUUCAAAACUCCCAUCGCACUCUACAGGCAUAAUGAAAAAUUUUAUAUCCCUGAUGCAUUUUCAAUUGGGCCUUUCCACCAUGGCUGUCCAAACUUGAAACCUACCGAAACAAUUAAAGCUAAGUAUUUAUUAGGCCUUAUCUCUCGAUCACGCUUUCCAAAUACGCUGCUGAAAGAUUUCAUCAAUACCAUCAAUGCUUUGGAGAGAGAGGCUCGGGAAUAUUAUGCUGGACCGAUCGAAUAUAGCCGAGAAGAAUUCGUGAAAAUUUUGGUAAUUGAUGGUUGCUUUAUGAUUGAGCUAUUCUGCAGGAAUGCUUCCAAGCAGCUUAGAGAAGAAAAUGACCCUAUUUUUAGCAUGUCUAGUAUGCUUCAAGUUCUAGGCCAUGACUUGAUAUUGCUAGAAAACCAACUACCUUGGAUGGUGCUUGAGCAUUUGUUCAGCAUGUUCACGGCCCCUGUAAGCGAUAUGACCCUAAUUGAACUUGCCAUUGCAUUCUUUUGUGAUAUUUACGCAUUCAGGCAGCCUGCUAGAUCUCAUGAUUAUCUUCGAGACAUCAAACAUAUUCCUGACCUGGUCAAAAAAGGGAUGGUUUCAUCGAUUGAAGUAGACGAAGAAAAGAUACCGCAAUCAGGAUGGGAACUCAUACCUUCUGCUACACAUCUCGUAGAGGCUGGAAUCAAACUUCGAAAGAGUAGGUCCAAAAAUAUGUUGGAUAUAAAAUUUGAAAAGGGUGUCCUCGCAAUUCCUCCAAUAAGAAUUCAUGAGACCACAGAAACAGUUUUUAGGAAUCUCAUCAGCUAUGAGCUAUGUUACCCCAACAGUGACGAUAGGAUCACUUCCUAUGCCAUGCUCCUGGAUAAUCUCAUUGACACUGCUAAGGACGUAGAGAUACUCUGUGAAAAUGGCAUCAUUUGUAAUUGGUUGAAUACAGAGGAUGCGGCCCGAUUCUUCAACAAGCUUUACCACAGAACUUGUGUCGUGAACAAGUACUAUCACGGAAAUCUUUGCAUGCAAGUGAAUGAAUAUUGUGAAAAGAUAUGGCCAAGAUGGCGCGGAAUGCUUGUGCGCAACUAUUUCAACACUCCAUGGGCUGGUCUUUCCACAUUCGCCGCUGUUAUUCUUUUGAUCCUCACCUCCGUACAAACUUGGUAUAGCAUGAAAAGUUAGUAUUUACAAUUUACAGCCUCAUGAAACUUGUUAAUUGUAUAAUUGGUCCCUCCAAUAAAUGUCCUUCUUCAAUGCCAAUUAUGAAAAGAAACGAAUGCUGUUUGCUUUGGA